GACAGUGUUCUUCUUUGCUUCUCUCUCUAUCCAUAAGAAGGACAUCACAGUCACACAAUUAUCACAAAGUGUUCUUCUCUGCUGCACUCACCUUCAGAAUCAUGCACCAAAACUAAAAAAGGUGUGUUAAAACCGUGAUUUCAAUAGCUUUACUUACCCCAUGUUGAAGGAGAAGGGAGGGAGCCGGCCCCCGUGGGUGGGGCUGGCCGCCGCCAUCUGGGUUCAGAUCACGGUGGGGAACGCCGCCAGCUUCCCACUUUACUCCUACUCCUUGAAAUCAGUGCUGGGUUUCGACCAGCGUCACGUCACGCUCCUCGGUGUGGCCGUCGACAUCGGCGAAAACUUCGGCCUCCCCGCCGGCAUCGCCAGCGACAUGUUCCCCCCUUGGCUCGUCCUCCUCGUCGGUUCCCUCUCCGCCUUCCUCGGCUACGGCAUUAUGUUCCUCGCCAUCUCCCAGACCCUUCCAUCACUCCAUUUCUUACUGUUGCAAUUUUCUGAGAUAACAACGCGAGGGGAGGAAGACACCACCACCUUGCUGUCAAUUUUCAGCUUUUGCAAUUUUCUGGGGCGGCUUGGUGGAGGAGUUGUAUCAGAACAUUUUGUCCGGACAAAAUCACUUCCAAGGACUGUGUGGAUGGGGUGCAGGCAGAUAAUUAUGUUCAUUGUAUACCUUCUGUUUGCCUAUGCUAUCAGUGGAACCCUUUAUCCUGCAGUUGCAUUCCUAGGUGUCUGCUAUGGCGUACAUAUCAGCGUGAUCAUCCCCACUGUUUCUGAAGUUUUUGGUCUGAAGCACUACGGUAUACUGGGCAGCCUCAUGGGGUUGGGGAGUCCAAUUGGUGCAAUGCUCUUUUCUGUUCUGCUAGCAGGGAAGAUAUACGAUAGUGAGGCAGCAAAGCAGCAUGAUUCUCUUGUUUCCUGCCUCGGUCCAAAUUGCUUUAAGCUUACCUUUCUCAUUCUUGCUGGAGUGUGUGCUUCUCUUGGUAGAGGUGUCAAUUUAACUCAUGGUUUCAGGAUCUAUUUGCUAGGUCUACUUGGUAUCAUCUUCAGCGUUACACGGACUCUGAGAAUUAAGCCUGUUUACCGAAUGCUUUAUGCUGGAGGCUUUUUAAGGCUCCCUCAGACAUCUUCAACUCACUAAAAUCUCCUCAAUAAAACUCAACCCUUCCUAGUUUUAUUACAUACCACUUUUACUAGUUCUAUGCUCCAAACCUUUUGUCAUAUCUACAUCAUUCUGAGCUGAUUUUUUAAUAUUUAUUUUGUGUGUUGGAUUUUCUUAAAGAUAAUAACAAGAAACAUGUCACUGUGACAAGAGCUAAUAUUAGCCAAAUUGUCG